AUGGCCCACACCACGGUCAGCUACAUCCAGUUGGUACCUCUGCUACCAAACCAAAAUGAGUUCACUCCCUGUGUAUGUGUGGUGCAGAUCAUCUUUGGCAACCUCACCUUUCCAGUGCUAAAGGGCUGUCAAAAACAGCCCACCUGGAAUGUGCCAUGUGGUGUAAAAAUUUCUACGACGUCCAUACAUUGGGAUCAAGAAAGCCCUGGUCGAGCCGUGCAGCACCUGCUGCACAUUUCAUCUCACAACACUGUCACAAUGGAGGCAGACAUUCCUCUGGGCAAACUUGAGGCAGACAAGACACCUGCAACUUCCAUCUCUACCCUCACUGUUCACUGUGUGGGGAAAGGAGACUCAGCCACCUACUAUUGUGUCUUCUGGGAGGUGCACAGCGGCAGAUGUGAAGGACUUCCCAAGGAACCCACAAGAUCAAGUUGCCAGUACAGUGUUUUAACUACUAGUUACAUCGUGAAGCUCAGGAGGAGGCUGUGUUUUUGUAGAAGCUGUAACCAGUGUGACAGAUCAUACUGGAUCAAGACAUUUGGGAAAGGGACUAAGCUCACAGUAACUCCCUCUGGUAGAAGCCUUCCUGUAGACAUUUCCCCCAAGCCCACCAUUUUUCUUCCUUCAGUUGCUGAAAUAAACCUCCAUAAUGCUGGGACAUUUCUUUGUCUUCUUGAGAAAUUCUUCCCUGAUGUUAUCAAGGUAUAUUGGAAAGAAAAGAAUGGCAAUAGAAUUCUGGAAUCCCAGCAGGGAAAUACCAUGAAGACUAAUGACACGUACACGAAAUUCAGCUGGCUGACCGUGACGGGAAGGUCAAUGGAUAAAGAGCACAGAUGUAUCGUCCAACAUGAGAAUAAUAUUGGAGGGGUUGACCAAGAGAUUCUUUUUCCUUCAGUGAACAAAGAGGUCACUGCUAUGAAUUCUACAAAAGCUUGUCUGAGAGAUGAAAGCAACACCCUGCAGCUGCAGCUCACCAGCACCUCUGCCUAUUACAUCUACCUCCUCCUCCUCCUCGUGAGUGUGGUCUACUUUGCCAUCAUUGCCUUCUGCCUGUUAAGGAGAACAGCAGUCUGUGGCAGUGGAAAGAGUUCGUAACAGAUGGUGGCACAAAGAAGGCAACUUUUCUCCAUUGUUCAUUCUCCUUAAAAGUGUCUCCUGAGGAUCCAUCUGGGCAUUCUCUCUGGGUUUGGGUUAUUUCAGUUCACGUGUGUUUUUCUAUUGUGUCAAUAUUACAAAAUAGUUUUCUAAACCACUGGGCAAACAGAAUCUUUUACUCUGUAACAACAAUGAAUUCCUUCCAUUACUCAGGGGCAGGGCCAAGGGGUAGUCCUUUAGCAACACUCUCUCUAUGAUCUCCAUCAGCUGCUCCAGCAACCCAAAUAAUCAUGCCUUCUGAGUACAGACAGCAUGCAGCUUCUAGUCACCUCCCUUAGGGCCAUUUAACCAGAUGACCACCUUGAAGCUUUCCAUUUUACACACCCUGAAGUCAACACGUUUGCUACUUGAGUUUGGUACUUUGUUUUUCAUAAUAAGCAC